AUACAUUGUCUCGCUUGGCAUUCCGCCAACUGAGGCGACUGCAGCGUCAGCACGCUGUCUGCCCGGCUGAAGUGGUGAAAAAAUGUACAAAAAUCGGCCAAAAAAAUUGAAACAAAAACCAUCCAACGAAGUGACUAUUCUGUAGAGAUGGCGGUAUAAUCAUGAGCACAUACAUACAUACAUAUGUACAUCCACGCAUGUAAUACAGUUGCCAGACAAACAAAUAGAAAGCCAAAAACCCACAAGAUGUCUACAACAAAAGACACAUGCUCAUAUCUGAAAACACACACAUGCAGACGGACAUACGUACACAAGUGGGAUACUUAAAUGCGAUGGCGGAGACGCUGUCAGUCAGACAGACAAGCAGGAAUAGUAAUAACCGACAAACAACGUUGCAGUCACAGUCACCAACGCCGGCGACGUCGUCUUCUCAGACACUCAGUCUGCCGGGCUAGAAAAAUUGUAGAAAAAAUGCGCAAAUAAAAGAAAAAUAAAGUCUUCUCUAGGAAACGUGUUAUUCUCAUUCGCUUCAUUUUGACUUGUAUUGGUGCAUGCUUACAUGCUGCAAGCAUGUGUACACAUAUACAUAAAUGCUAUCGGUACAGACUGCCGGCUACGCGGGAAUGGAGCGGCUCGGCGUUCCGACCCGCACCACACUUAACUCACCACCUGACGACAGAGGGCAAUAUAGUUGUAGAAUGCGCGUGGAGACACUGCCGGCGCGAGACAUUUUAGUACGUAGCGAAACUGUGAUCCGUAGCAACAACACAAGCGGCGGCUGUACGAGCGCUUGUAUGACCACUGCCAACAGUAGUGGCAAUAAGAGUCAGCAACAGCAGCAACAACUAUUAAAUCAAGAGCAUCACAAUCAACAUUCCCACCAUCAUCAGCAACAGCAUCAUCACCAAUACCAACAACAACACUACCAACACCACCAUAACCAGCAACAACAUUACCAGCGCAUGUCAACGCAACAACAAGAACAGCAACAGCAACAGCAGCAGCAGCAAUCGGCGUGCAGCAGUGCAAGUAGCGCCCGUAAUGGCAACAUGCCCGCACGCAGCACAACAACAAGUAUUAGCAACAGCAAUAGCAGCAGCAAUUUCAUGCGCGGCGGCAUCGAGGCGGCCACCCUCAAGUACGGCAGCAUGGGCAGCGGGAGCGGUGGCGCCGGCGGCGGCUACGGCAGCAGCAUUUCGGGCAGUUCCUGUGGCAGCAAUAGUUCCUGCAAUAGUCACAGCAUCGACCACCAUCAGCACUAUCAGCAAGCGAAGCAGCCGAAGCAGCAGCGCACGCCACGUUGCCCACACCAUGUGCCGCUGCCGGAUAGCGAAUGGGGUCAGGAUCGCAGCAUGCAACUACGCGCAAGCUAUCAGCAAUCUGAAUUAACGCGUUCCUACAUCAAACCUCCGCCGAACAAAACCAUAAAAGACGUUCCAGAACAAUCAUCCUACAAUUUUAAUGCGCUGUCAGCGUUUAGCGGCUCCAACAUAACGCUAUAUGCGGCGCCCGCGACGUCGGCAGCAGCACAGCCACAACAACAACAGCAACAUCCACCAAAAUCAAAGCCAAACGUGAUCACAAAGCUUUUUUCGCGCAAAAGCUCACCCAAAUCGCCCACAGCGCUCGCAUCAUCAUCCUCUUCCACGUCGGCGUGCUCCUCACUGCCCACGUCCGCGUCUAUAACGUCCAUGCCCGCAUCGACAUCGUCCUCAACGUCAUCGAUAGCGUCCGCAGCUGGUGGCGCAGCCCUAGCAGCGGCAGCUCUAUCGCCUGCCGUAUCCACAUCAUCAACGCCAUCGGCACUCGCGUCGACACCCCUAGCAUCUAUGCCCAUAUCGACUGCGUCAUCGCUAAAGACGACCGCCUGCAGUUACGGCGCCAGCUCAUUGCAAGCGUCCACGCCACCUUCCAUAACGGCCGGUCUUGCGACCAGCACACAACUACUGACCACCAUCGGCGUCUCGCCCACAGCCACACCCACCUCCAUCGAGCGCAUACCAACGCCGCCACUCUCGGUGACUGUGCCCAUUGGUGGCUACCAUCACUUACACCACCAUCUCCACCAUCAUCACCACCAACAGCAGCAGCAGCUGCGCUUGCACCAACAGCAGCAGCAAAUACUAUUAGACAGCAUCGUGGCCGAAAGCGCCACGCCCACAACAUCGUUGCAGUCGCUGAAGAGCAGCAGCUGCAACUUGGCUACCGCCGGCGCCGCUGAGCGCAACAGCAGCCGCAGCAGCCUGGUCGCCAUGGACUGCUAUCCGCUGACCGCCGCGGCGACAGGCGGCAUGACGCCACGUUCGCGCACACCAACAACCCUGGCGGACAACAACAAUUGCAAUUGCAAUAGCAAAGACUGUAACACGUGCACGCCGAACGGAACCACAUAGCGGCGUGUGGCUGCCGUUGCAGGCACCACACUUGAUGGCAUCGAAAUCGCGAAGAUGGCAUAGUGUGGUGGUGGGGCAGGAGAAGUAGAUAAAAGACACGGGUACGGCGCAGCGUGAACAAGUUGUGCAUUAACUAGCAACAAAUUCCUGUAUGCGUAUGCCUAGGGGCCAAGGGGGAAAUUUAUAGUCUAAGUCGCUGCAAUAUGUUGCACAUACACACUUACGUCUGUAUGUACGGCAGUUAUGUAAAUCUAUUUAAUUUGAGCAUGGAACUACUUUAACGCUGGUUUCACAUGAACUUUGUAUUCACAUCAUUUCCAAACGCAACAGUACGGCACAAGGGGGAAAACGAAAAGGCGAAAUAAAAAAUGAAAAAUGCAUAAGCGCACCGCGAUACAUUCAUACAUACACAAAUACAAUUGUGUGCGAGGUUCUUGAGCGCAGAAGUGACUGUCGCCAAAAGCGCUCUGCCGGCUGAGAUUAAAAAAAAAUUAUUUAUGAAUUCGCUUAAGCUAAAUACUUGUAUGUUUGCGAUUAUUCGAAGCCUAAAGUAAUUUAAGCAAAUAUUUUAUAUUGUAUUUAUUAAAUUAAUUUUUUAACUAUUCAAAAUUUAUGUUAGCCAAUUAAACGAAAAUUGUUUUCGGCGCCAAAAACUAAAGCGAAAAAAUGUGUAGAAUUGUGUUCAGACUUUUUCUCAAUUAAUUAUGCGUGUGUGCGUGCAAUUGCCUUUGAUUAUUAGUAAAUUAUAUUAAAAUGAUUGUUUAUUUAGUAGGAAUAAUGCUGGCAGAAUACUGCAUUCAUUCGCAGCCUCCCGCCCUUGAAUACUGUUGUGUUUUUAAACGAUUUUAAUUUGUAAAGAUUAAUCUAAAAUAAAUUACAAUUUAAGUCAAUCCAAUAAGUGUAAAUAAUCUAAACAUUAGCGUAGGUAAUAAAUAUACUAGCCUUGUCCGUACUACAUAUAAGUAGACAUACUAUUUGUAUGUAGUGUAAGUGAGGAGAAGAAAUUAUAUAAAGGAUAAAUGGAUUUUUAAUUAGUCUAAAAUAGCGGAAAGUAGCUGUAAAUGGAUAAUUAAAUAAAAUAAACUGAAUUAAAUAUGCUAUAUAUUAAA